AUGAAUGACGUUACGUGCCAGUCUUUGUUUUUCAUCAGUCUGCCUGAUCUGCGAAAACUCUGUGCCGUGAAGGUUACGCUAAGUUCUCAGUUGGCAGCAACAGAAAUUAGAACAGCACAGAGGAUGAUGUGCAGGCAACUCUUGCAUCUGCAUCAAGAUGUGCUUUCUUCACCUGUUCCUGGAACAUUGAAUCAAAUUUCAGUGGUUAUGACGAUACUCUUAUAUAAAUCAGGAAAAUUUCAAGCUUAUAUAGAGAAAAACAGAUCUAUAAUGGCAAUGCCAGAGAGAGUUGUCCCAGCUGUCUUUCAAACCUGCCUGUCCUAUACACUUAUAGCCAAACUUGCUCCUAAUUGGAACCAAGCUGGUCAUCUCUUGAUACAAGGGAAAGAUUUUCUGUCACAAAGGGGAAAGCAAAAUGCAGUUGUUAUGGACAUCAAUGUAUCAGAGACUCAGCUCUGCAUUAGUAUCGAAGUUUUCACAGUACGUCUGCCACCACCUGAGCUCGAAGAAUUUAAUAUUUCAGCAAACAUCUUAAAGAGAUUUGACAGUGAUAAUAAUGCCAUCAUUCAACAAUACUCUAUUUUAAGUAACUGGUGCUAUGUUUUGCCAAGCAUGAAAAUGGGUCAGAUCAUAAGCAUUAGCCACAUAAUUCCACCCGAUUCUCCAUUCCAGUCAUAUAGUGAUUUGCAGCUGCACUGGGGAAAUCUGUAUGGCUAUAUUCUUCCGGAGGAUCCUGGGAUUUAUUGCAACGUUUACUUCAAACUGAUAGGGGAGCAACUCUUCACAUAUCCUUUCAGUUGCAUCCGAAGUCAGCCAGUACAGUACUUUCCUAGAGUAGAUUUAGGAGGUGUUCUAAGUGCUUUUGUUGCUGAUCUGAAGACUGUCAUUCCACACAUUUGUGGGCUUCCUCUUAAAAUGAUAAGUAAAGCAUUAUAUGCCACCAAAGAUCUUACCCAAUCAUCUGUACAGAAAGUUAGCUCCAAACCAGCCAAUCUCACUGGAAAAAGGAACUGCAAGGUAACUUUGACUCAAGUAAUUCCAAAAAAAGGCAUGCUCAGUCCUUCAGCAUGUGCUAUAGAAAAUAGCCACAAGAUGGAGCUUAAAGUCAACCAACCGAAAACAGAUAUUUUUACUAAUCUCAGUUCACUAGCAGAAGACAAGAACAUUGGGGUGCCAGGGAGAAAAGUGUACAGUAGGAAACAAGAAAAAACUUCAGAAGAAUCUGCAGGAAUGCUAAACUCAAAUGUAUCUUUUAAAACGUCAAAUAAUACUUUAAGAAAUUAUUCUACCAGAAUCAUACCCAUCUUUAAAGCAAAGCUGUUGCAGAUGGAUAAGCAAACCACAAAGGCCACCCAUGAAAAGAAAAGGCAGAAUGCUUCUAAAGUAAUGAACACAGCUGCUAAAUUGGCUGUAUUCAAGCCUAGUACAGAUCAAGUUAACAAAUUGUUACGUGAUGCAUCAUUAAAAAAUAUUACAAACGGAAGUGCUCUUCAGAUACAGACUGGAAAAGCCAAUGUUAAGUCUACUAAACUUGCAUUAAAAGAGAAAAAUGAGAAUUAUGGACACUUGGCAAAUUAUGCUUUAGCUAAUGGAGCAGUUUUAGACAGGGAUUCAAGUAAAUUCAAAUCCAUAAGACUAAAUUCCUCUUUGAAAUCACCUAGUGACCUUGCGGUGCAUCAUGUAUCAGUUGUCCAUCAGCAUCUGAAUACACCUUCAAAUUUCAGAACAAGCCAGAAUACCCUGACCACUGAGUCAAAGAAAUCCCAUCCCUGCAUGUCUCACUCAGAUGUGGAUGAGCGAAAUCCCAAAAUAUUUCACAAUCAAAUACAAAGCUCAACUGAAGAAGAGAAAAUGAAUGCUUACAGUUUAUGCAGCUCAGUACACAGUAGGGCCAAACAAGGAAGUCAGAAAGAAUCACUAGGAAUAUCCCAUCAAGAUACCAUUAAGACUUCUAGUCAUCAUCUGCAGGGCAACUGCCUACAGGUAUACCAAGUAAUAAAGGUAUUUAAUCCAUUUCAGCAUAGGAGUUUCCUCAUACUGUCUUCAUACAAAGACAGCAUAGAAAGAAGGGGGGAUCAUUUUGUGUCAAAUUUCAGGUAUAUGUCUUAGGUAUUGAUUGUGCCACCCAUGCUUAGCCAACAGUUUCUUACAAAUACCUUCCUUCCCUAUCUGAAUAUUAGGUGCUUAGCUCAGGCUGUGUGUGCUUGCUGUAUGGCCUGUGGGAAUCAUAUGGGCUUAAUUAGCACUGCUGAGCCCAACAGAAAAGAAAACAAAUCUGUGCAGAUGUGUCCUUAGAAAAGGAUGUGGAACUUGUGGUCCUCCAGAUGUUUCUGGACCACAAACCACAUCAUCAUUGACUGCAUAGCUGCCAAGUUAUCCCUUUUUUUAAGGGAUUUUCCAUUAUGCUGAAUAGGCUUCCUCGCGAGAAAAGGGAAAACUUGGCAGCUAUGUGACUGUUACCUAUGUUUGCUGGGAUGAUGGGAGUUAGAGUCAAUAACAUCUGGAGGGCAACACAGUUUAGCUACUUCUGCAUUAGAAAAUAAUUUGAAUACCAUACUGAUACUGCAUGGUUAAAACUAAGGCCUCAACCUGAUCAGUGCCUAAAUGAGAAAGUGCCUGGGAGUUUUUCACUAUGUGCUUUUUGAAGGAUAAGUGAUAAUACCCUUUUCAUUUAUUUUGCUGCUGGUCUUUUUCUCCCAGACAAAUGAAUAACAUUUUUUCAUUAACUUCAGUAAGAGUAUUAUUAGGUUGCACUGCAUAGAUUACAUUUUGACCACUUGUUUCCUUAGAUGGCAAAGCGAGGUCAGGCUCAUAUUGUCUUUGACAUUAGCAUGACACUCUUAAAAGAGAAUUAAACAUAUUACAAAAUGUAUAUUUAAAAAGUAUAUUAAACGGCAUGAUCAGACUUUCAGUGGGGUUCUGUAAAAUUCAAAGCCUUCUUAUACUCAGGGCUAGCACUG